AUGUUGAAGAUUGUAGUAGAUUGUGGUGGUUCAGCGGCUCUAUACAAGUUCCGGUGUGCUUGCAGGGUGCCUCCCUUUCCCGAGGAGGAAAUCUGCGAGGCGCUUCGGAAGCCGGUCAAAGUGCGCGUGGAUUCGAGUCGCCGGCACACAGGCCUUCCCACUGCAACCAUGUGGAAUGCCGAAGACGACGAAGAUCAGGAUGGCGCAUUCCGCAGAUGGCAGCGACGAAAGGCUGAACGCGGAACGCGAGAAAGAGAAAGGAAGAUCGAUCAGCUUCGAAGGGCCUACGACCCAUCCGAGUGGUUGGAUGGAAGCGUCGUCUCCGUGAAGAACUUCGGCAUCUUUGUGGAUGCCAUCCACGAUGUUCGGGUGAUGAUUCCUGCCGGUUACAUUCCAGACACCCUGCUCCUCAAUGGAAUUCCGGACCUGGAUGUUGGCAGCACCGUCCAGUUCCGCAUCUGUGGCUACCGUGGCAAGGACCACAAAGGCCAAGACCGUUUUAGCUGCUCCAUGCUUCCGCCAGCACCCCCGAAGGAGGAGGAAGAGAGGAGCACUGGCAAAGGCAAGGGCAAGAUGCAGAAGGGCUCAAAAGGUGCCGACCGUGGCCGGAAAGGUGGGGCUGCGAAUGGCGAGCAGACCUCAGGCUACUCCGUUUGGGUACCCGACCGUGUGCUGGAAAGCGAAAGCACCCUCGCGCGGCAGGAGAAGUUUGAGGUGAAUGCUCUGCACGCCACGUACCUUGAGGAGCAGUACGGACAGACAGACCGCAGGGCCACGCUGGCGAGAAAAGGCUUCACGGUGGUCGACUAUGCCACUUCCUUACAGCUGGCCCAGGCCAUCAAGCCCAAGACAGAAGCCAAAGCUGAUGUGACCACUGCACUGAAGCCGACGCCCGUGUGGCUUACUUUCGAAAGCCGCCGAAAGCUUGUCGGCAAGAUCCAGAUCAGCGCAUCGAUGACGACUUCCGAGAAAGAGCGCUUAGCCGUCGACGCUGCCCUCGCGGUGGCAAAUGAUGCCAUUCAGGACGGCGCCAACAUCCGAAAGGUGGACGUCAACGAUGACAAGGUUCUGAUCCGGCUCUCGACCGAUGGCGCAGACAUGUCUCAAGCCUCGCGGGAGUCCUCGAUCGAAGUUCCAGGAAACCAAUCUCCCACAGAUGCCGUGGCAGCUCUGAAAGCCGAAUUCGAUGAAGGGUUUGUGGACAAGUUGCGUGAGAAGUUGGACGACUUGGAGAUAACCAUGCAGACUCAGCAGCUGACUCAGCAGGCGGCAGAUGACUAUACCAGCUCGAGAAACACGUUCGGUGAGGCAGACACCAUCUCCGGAUCCCGGAGCAUCUCCCGACUUUUUCCCAUCUAUGACGACCCCAUCAUGUCGAAAGAGGUGAUGCAGGAUUUGAGCCUGGGUCCGAUAAGCGGCAGAAGCAGGAACACCGGCAAAAUCGCCAGGCUUGUUUUCGUCGAUCUGGGAGUUAGCAUUAGUUUGCCCAUAGGUCCCACAGCCUUUCUUGUUCAGCGUGGGUCGUCGCAAGUCGCAAGUCGACUCAGUGCUUUUUUCGGGCUGCAAAGGUUUCCAAAGGCAACCAACUCGUGCAUCAUUUAUCCGUUUGCCAAGGACAACACGAAGUUGUCCAUGCAGUACGACCCCUAUGCCGCCAUAAGCGAGCUCAGGACUAACAUUCGCUCAGCUAGCCCAACACAGUAUGUGAAGCAGCGGGUCUCCGUCGACCUGUUGAGCUCCUUCGUCCUUGUGAUGGACACGAUCCUGCUUCCCAUCUCCUUGGCCUGGGACCUGCAGAAGGACACGACCGACACGCCAAGCUGGGUGAAUUUGGGCUUCUUCACCUUCAGCCUGCUCUUUUGGACGGUGGACAUCUUCAUCAAUCUCAAUACCGGGGUGUUUCACAAGGGACAGCUGGUCUUCUCGAAGCAGCUGAUUUUCAUGCAGCAUCUAGGACAGAACCAGCGGCCUACAGUGACAGACUCGACAGAAAGGACCAGUGCGCUUGCAGUGUUGAUUGGUGUGGAGUAG